CGUACUGUCCGACCAGCAGGUUUUGGGUGUCGACCCGUUUUUGAGGGUCCUUUCCUCAGGCGCAAGUUUGGCGCCGAAGCUGAUAGCGUGCGUUGGCGGGUCGGGCUGUGUAGAACCACCACGGAUGCCCGAUGACGACGCCAUCACCAGUCGUCGUGAUCGUCGACUGUAUUUUCCUUCUCCUCUUCUUCCUUCUUUCUUCCUCUGUUUGUCAUCGCUCGCUAUAGUUCCGGUGGAUCCGGUUUGUAAGUCCGAGAGAGAGGGAGGGGUUGCUUUAGUCGUUGGCGGGGAGCGUAGGUGGAGGUGGUGGGUUCGGGUAGGAGGCGAAUCAAGCCGACGACAAGGACGAGGGAAGUCGGGUGAGCGCGGGUGCGCGAGGGAGAGGGAGAGAGAGAGGGAGGGGGGCCUGGAGUCUCUCCCGCUCCAGAGAAGGGGCGGCGAUGGCGGGUGGGGGGUUUCGUGUUCUUGAGUUGGUGAGGCCGUUUUUGUCGGUCUUGCCAGAGGUGCAGACGGCUGACAGGAAGGUGCCCUUUCGAGAGAAAGUUCUUUACACUGUUGUGGCGCUCUUCAUUUUUCUUGUAUGCAGUCAGCUGCCCCUCUAUGGAAUUCACUCAGCCACGGGUUCAGAUCCGUUCUACUGGAUGCGAGUGAUUCUUGCGUCCAACAGAGGAACGGUGAUGGAGCUGGGUAUCACUCCAAUUAUGACAUCUGGACUUGUGAUGCAGCUUCUGGCUGGAUCGAAGAUUCUAGAAGUGGACAACAGUGUGAAAGAAGAUCGGGCUCUUCUGAAUGGCGCACAAAAGCUCCUUGGUGUCGUGAUUACCAUUGGCCAGGCGGUUGCGUACGUCUUGUCUGGCAUGUACGGUGAUGUGCGCGACUUGGGCGCAGGCAAUGCUAUCUUAAUCAUUGUCCAGCUGUUUUUCGCUGGUAUUAUCGUCAUCUGUCUGGAUGAGCUCUUGCAGAAAGGUUAUGGACUUGGCUCUGGCAUUUCCCUGUUCAUCGCCACGAACAUAUGCGAAAACAUCAUUUGGAAGGCUUUCAGUCCUACGACGAUCAAUCAGGGUCGGGGGGCGGAGUUUGAGGGUGCGGUGAUUGCUCUCUUCCACUUGCUUAUCACUAGAACGGAUAAAGUCCGUGCUUUAAAGGAGGCUUUUUAUCGAGCAAAUCUACCGAACGUGACCAACUUGUUGGCCACCGUGCUCGUCUUCCUCAUUGUCAUCUACUUCCAAGGGUUUAGGGUUGUUCUGCCUGUCCGAUCGAAGAGCGCGAGGGGCCAGCAGGGCUCUUAUCCCAUCAAGCUUUUCUACACCUCGAACAUGCCCAUCAUUCUGCAGUCAGCUCUUGUGUCUAACCUUUACUUCAUUUCCCAGCUUCUGCACAGGAAGUACGGCAGGUACUUCAUUGUUCAGCUUUUGGGGAAGUGGCAGGAGUCUGAAUGGUCGCAGAGCGGGCAGCUCAUUCCUGUUGGAGGUCUUGUGUACUACAUCACGCCCCCUUCAAGUCUGGCGGACAUUGCGCACAACCCAUUCCAUGCUCUUUUCUAUCUCACUUUCAUGCUUACGGCCUGCGCUCUCUUCUCAAAGGUCUGGAUUGAGGUGUCAGGAUCGUCAGCGAGAGACGUUGCAAAGCAACUGAAGGAGCAACAAAUGGUGAUGCCCGGACAUCGCGAGUCCAAUCUGCAGAAGGAGCUGAACCGUUACAUCCCAACGGCUGCUGCGUUCGGAGGCAUGUGCAUUGGUGCACUUACAGUGGUGGCUGACUUCAUGGGAGCCAUCGGCUCUGGAACCGGAAUUCUGCUCGCUGUUACGAUCAUCUAUCAGUACUUCGAAAUGUUUGACAAGGAGCGGACAACGGAAGCACUCUGGUUAUAAUGAGGACAUGAGUGUAGCAGCGGAAGACGUUUCUUGAUUUUCCUAUUCCCUGUUUCUUUUUGUUCAAGAGGACUACUGAUUGAAAGCAGAGGUGAGAGGGGGUAGGGGGGUUAGUUGUGUUGUUGGUGUCCCAGCUCUGUGAUGGCGGAAAGAUUCUGAUGGCAUUGGAAAAGGAGGGCGUUCUGGGGACAUGUGCCAUGGCUUGGGAACCAGAAACAACAUGUUGGGAAGCAAACGUGAGUACCUUAGCAUGCCACAUUGUGUUUUUUUGUUAAGGCAUGGGGUAUCCCUGCACUAUAAAAGCCACUAUUGUAAGCAAGCUCGAAUCCGGGCUCUGUGGUCCACGGACUGGAUUGUUGCAUGAAUGUCCAAAUCUUGGAACUGGUUUGUUGAGUCCUACCGGCCCCACGACCUGAUCGUCAUGCGAUCUUGAAAUUUUAAGGUACUGUGAUGAUCGGCGAAGUUGGCCUGGUACUAUUGGCUGAACUGUCCAGAUGGAAGUUGAUUUGGGCUAUCACGCAGAUCCUAACGCAACCAGCUGGCAGCGGUGCUAUUGGCAGUCUGGCGUGAGUUAUUUCGGUGCCAUACUGGUGAAGUGCUUUGUCAAAGUGUGCCCCUUGGUGGUUGGUUAAAGUGUGCCCCUCAUCUUCCUUCUGUCACAUUGGUUGGGUCUGUUGUUGAGUGCUUUGUGUGGGCGUCAUUGUGGGGAGAGAGAGAGAGAGAGAGAGAGAGAGAGAGAGAGAGAGAGAGAGAGAGAGAGAGAGAGAGAGAGAGAGAAAUGCUAAUAUCUGUAUGGAUCUCUACUCUGGCAACCUGUCACACACACACACACACACACACACAGAGAGAGAGAGAGAGGCAUGCUGGUAGAUGAAGGCAAUGAUUGAUUUUUGGGUGCUUUCUUCUCAGCCUCUCGAUGAGAAGAGAGGUAAUCAAUCAAAGCCACUCUA